ACGAACAUAAAUUUGUUUCUGAAUCCAUUGAUGUAUUUUAUGCUAUGUUUGCCUCUUACAUUUUUGCACAUUUUAAUAUCAUAUAUGCAUCGCGCACAUACGCCGCGUCGCGUCGCGGUCAUACCAAAUAUGACGUACGGUCAAUAUCUUUCUUGCGACGAUUUUCUCUUGCAAACAACAUAUAUGAUCAGCUACAUUUUAUUUAAUUCUUUCUGUUGUUUUUAUUACACUACAAUCUAUAUAUCAAAUAACCAAGGAAGUUCAGUCGGCCGAGCAUGAGUCAUAUCAUGUGACUCUAACAAUAAACCAGAAUCAAUGAAUGCAUAUAGAAGUGAUACUUUUUACGCACUUAACAAACAGUAGACAAUUAAUCAUAUGUGUAUAUAUAGUUCUUCAAACCAUCAUUCGUGCACUUUGCACUUUCUUGAGAAGUUCUGCCACUCAUGUACGAGUCACUUGAUAUUUUUGUAUGCUUAACAAUAGCAGUUUAUCAGGUCAUGCGUUAUAUUUUGCGAAGCUUUGCUACUUAUACCCCGACAGUUGGUUAGUUCUUUAGUCAAACCUGAGCGUUCAACUUUAUCACAGCAUUGAUUUUGUAAUACAGUGAUUAAAAAUGAUUAUCAAUCCGAUGAACGUGAUUAAUUUGUUAUUAGCCACAUUUCAAACGAUGUAUCUGAUGGAUACUCCUAUAACAAGAGAGGAAGUACAAUUGAAAGAAGCCAUUCAAAAAAUGUUGCUCGAUAACAUAUUUGCAUUUAAUGAAAUUGAAGUUUCUGAAGAAUCGUCAUUGGACUUUUUGGAUCAAUUUAAAGAAUGUGAGGUUGAAGCUGUUGAAGAAGAUGAUGCAAACGAAAAUUGGUCUGGGGAGACAUAUAUUGGAGUUUGUUCACAGCGUGAUGAAGACGUUGAUGUCGAUUACAAGCGGAAAGCAGUUGCGUUUUGGACAGAGGGAGAAAAAAAACGUAAACUUGCUACUGUUCAACAUAAUUUUAGACUUGUUUCUUCUGAACGACAAUUACGAAGAUGGGCUCAUCAAAUUGAAACAAGUGGAACUAAAAAAGAAAGAUUGGCUCAAAUUUCGGAAUUCGUGACAACAAAUAUGAAAAAAGCUAUUGAAUCCGGUUAUAUUUUGCAUGAUAGAGAUAUACGACGAUGGGCUUUGCAAGCAUAUAAAGAACAAGGUAACGAUCAUAUGACAUUUAAAGCUUCCAAAACAUGGCUGUAUAAUUUUAAAAAAGCUCAUCGUAUUGUUUCUCGAAAAAUAACAAAAUUUGUAACACGAAAGACAAUAGAAGACGAUGAAGUAUUGAAAGUUAAAGCUACGGACUUUGUCAAUGAAGUAAACCCUUUGAUUACGAGAUACGGAGAUGAAAAUAUGUACAAUUCAGACCAGAGUGGAUUUCAAUUAGAAAUACAUUCUGGACGAACUUUAGCAGUGAAAAGCCAAAAGAAAGUAGAGUGUGUUGUACAAUCUGUACCUUCAACAACGCAUAGUUACACAAUACAACCAACAAUAACUGCUGAUGGAAGAUUGUUGUCGCCCCUUUUUAUGGUUUUGCAAGAAGCAAAUGGACAAUUUGGACCAAUAGUUCAGAAAACAUUAUUCAAACCGACUAAUGUGUACGUGACUGCAUCAAAAUCUGGAAAACUCACUUCUGCUCAUUUCAAAAUCUGGUUGGAAGAGGUCUUUUUUCCUAAUACUAAAACAACGUCUGUGUUGUUAUUAGACUCUUGGAGUGGACACUGUGAACAAGAUAUACAUAAUGCGAAACCAACGGGUAAAGAAAUUAUAAUUAAGAUGAUACCAAAAGGUACCACUGGCCGAAUCCAACCUCUAGAUGUUUAUGGAUUUAGGGUGUGGAAGAAUUAUGUUAGGCGUUUCUCCGAUGAUGUGCUGUUACAUGAUUACGAUGUUAAUCUCCAUUUAAGAAAUAAUAUAAUUAAGUUACAAUCACUUGUACACAAUCAACUAUCUUCACCAAGAUACAAAAAUCUAUUCCAGUAUGCUUGGUACAAAAGUGGAUACACAGAAAAAAAAUCAGGAGAUUUUGUGAAUCCUGUAGAUUUUGCUUUCGAAGAGAACACACAAAUGAAAUGUGCACUCUGUGAUGAAAUACCAAUAAUUAGAUGCUCUUGGUGUAAGAAAGCAUUUUGUUUAAAACAUUUUUUUCAUGAAUAUCACUUCUGCGACAAAUAUGAAUAUUAAGUAAACCAUUUUGUAAACUGCAUGUAUCUUACAAAAGCUUCAGAUUAUAAAUUUAUACCACAUAUACAUACCUAACAUACACGUGAAAUAUAAUUGUACCAAUCAUGUAACUAGUACCGGAAAUUAAUUUACAUUUAUUAUAUUCCUUACUAUCUGUAUCGCAUAUUAAUACGCAGAUAUGUACUAAUAUAAUUUUUAUUAAUCUUGUAA